AUGUUCAUGGAAAACUAUAAAUUGGAGAAAAACAGGACUUUCCCGCUAGAACUUUACAUAAGUACUUCAGAAAAGACUACAGCACAUGUUAACAUUAAAUCCCCUAUAUCAUCCAAUCCACACGUGGAUCAAAACAUAACAGUUCAACCAGGCAUGGUACAACGCGUAAAUAUCAGCGAGGCCUUCCGAGUGGUUGGAAACUCAAUAUCUUCGAAAGGGUUGCUGAUAAAAUCAGAUCAAGAUAUAGCAGUAUAUGGAGCAAACAAAGAUACCUUGUCCAAUGACGUAUAUUGUGCCAUCCCUGUAGAUGCAUUGGGUAUUGAGUAUUAUGCGGCUUGUUACGGCCCAGCACUCAAGAAAACGGAACUUGGAAUUGCAACUACCGAGGACAGUACGUCUGUAACGGUAACGCUUCCAACAAGAAACAAAAAUUUAACUGUUAAUUAUGGCGGGAAGAUCUACAAAGCAGGCGAUUCAAUUAAAGUUAACUUAAACAAGUAUCAGACUCUUCAAUUACAAAGUACCUCAGACUUGACGGGUGCUCAUAUAGUUUGUAACAAACCUGUCGCUGCAUUCAGUGGGAACAUCAAGACUAAUAUUGGUGUUGGAAUUUACGCUGACCAUUUAGUAGAACAGUUAACUCCAGUUGAUACAUGGGGUAAAAAAUUUGUUACGGCCCCUAUUCCAAAACGAACUACGGGCGAUUAUUUCCGAAUCAUUGCUAGUGAAGACGACACUGAAAUACAAAUUUCAGGAAUGACCUCAAUAAAAAUUCAAAGAGCUGGAGAAUGGAAGCAAGUUACAAUUCCAUCUGAUGAUCACAAACUUAUCACUUCCAGCAAACCAAUCAUGGUGACCCAAUACGUGAUGAGUCAACAAAAUGACUCUGAACCCGCGGACCCAUCCAUGAUGAUAAUACCUCCUUACGAGCUUUUUGGGGCAAAAUACACAUUUUCAACUCCUCAAUACUCACGACCAGAUUAUGGCACCGGGUAUGCUUAUGACCAUGAGUUCAUAGUCAUCGUAAAGGAUACAGACCGUAAAACGUUAUUAUUGGAUGACAAACCCUUCCCAUCAAACACGCAUUGGAAGCCUAUUCCUGGCACUGAUCUAGUGGGCGGCUACGUGACAUUGACUUCAGGUUCGCAUACUGUGCGGAACACUGAUCCAACAGCACUCAUUGGUGGAUAUUUGUAUGGGCACGCUUUUCAUGAAUCAUAUGGAUUUCCCACUGGAAUGCGAUUAGCUAAAAUUAAUGCUCCAUGUAAGCGGACAAAUUCUGUUCCUGGAGAUGGCAUAGAUAAUGACUGCGAUGGAAAGAUUGACGAAGAAUUGUGUACCACAGAGAAUCACCAGAAAGGUGAAUAUGUCCAAAAUUUGUGUAAUUCAACUGAUUCAGACUGUUUACCCUGCACAAAAAGGUUACCUUCUUGUGUUGGAUUGCAAGAUGGCAAACAGAUAUUUCCAGGGAAGCAAUUCGCACCAGAUUACAUCGAAUGUGAAUAUUAUAAAAACCUCUGUACUAUCAACAGUACCAAUUGCAUUCCUUGUCAUAAACGGUUGCCAAGUUGUCAAGGAUUGACAAAUGGAAAAGAGGCAUUUCCAGGAAAACUAUGGCAGACAGAUUAUAUUGUGUGUGACACCAACCGUACAAUGAACAUCACUCAGUGUUCUCAAGGAGAGUACUUCAAUCCAAGACUAAGCACUUGCAUGAAGGAUGUUCCAAAUGUGGACAUAACAGAUUAUUGCUCAGCCAACCCCAAAGCUUUGCUUCCAAAGAAAGACAACUGUGGUCAGUACAUCAACUGUUCUGAUUCAGGAUUAGAUGGGAAUCACACAUUGGAAUGUCUUUAUCCAGAAUUGUUUUCUAUGACAUCUAUGUCAUGCCAGUGGUUUGAGAAUGUGACUUGUGAUAGACGCAUGGAGCCUCAGGCACCAUGUGAGUACCAGCGGAACCUUUGUGUGCCAGUGAACAAAAGCUGUAUUCCUUGCAAUAAGAGACUUCCUUCUUGUGUGACAUUGCCUGAUGGGAAGAACCCUUUCAAUUGGUUGUUAUGGAAACCUGAUUAUGUCAUCUGCUACAAAAAUAGGACCAUUGAUAUAAAGAGAUGUUCCUCUCGCUUCUUUGACCCAAUUCAACGAAAAUGUCUAGAGAAAGCAAGUCCAAGUAACAUUAAUGAGAUUUGCAAACAGAAUCCAAGGGCCAUUUACCGCACAAAUGACAAUUGUGCUCAGUAUUACAACUGUUCUGUAGACAACUCCAAGUACGGAAAACAUCUCCAGGAAUGUAAAUAUCCUGAUCUGUUUUCUGCCGUCAGUAUGAGCUGCGAGAACUUCAGGACAGUCUUAUGUGACAAUAGAACAGAGCCUCAGGCACCAUGUGAGUAUGUUCAAAAUCAGUGUGUAACCAGCAAUGUCUCCUGUGUCCCAUGUCCCAAACGGUUGCCUAGUUGUCAAGGAUUGAAAAAUGGAAAAAAGGCAUUUCAAGGAAAACUAUGGCAGGAAGAUUAUAUUGUGUGUGACACUAACCGCACCAUGAUCAUCACUCACUGCUCUCAUGGAGAGUACUUCAAUCCAAGACUAAACACCUGCAUGGAAGAAGUACCAAAAGUGGAUAUACCAGAUUAUUGCUCAGCCAACCCCAAAGCUUUACUUCCAAAGAAAGACAACUGCGGGCAGUAUAUCAACUGUUCUGAUUCAGGACUUGAUGGGAAUCACACAAUGGAAUGUCUCUAUCCAGAUCUGUUUUCUUUAACAUAUUUGUCAUGCCAGUGGUUUGAGAAUGUGACUUGUGAUAGACGCAUGGAACCUCAGGCACCAUGUGAUUACCAGCAGAACCUUUGUGCAGCAAUGAACAAGAGUUGUAUUCAUUGCAAAAAGAGGCUUCCAUCUUGCGUGACAUUGCCUGAUGGGAAGAACCCUAUCGAUUGGUUGUUAUGGAAACCUGAUUAUGUCAUCUGCUAUAAAAACAGGACUAUGAAUAUAGAGAAAUGUUCUUCUCGCUUUUUUGACCCAAUUCAAAAAAAAUGUCUAGAGAAAGCAAGUCCAAAUAACAUUGAUGAGAUCUGCAAACAGAAUCCAAAAGCCAUCUUCCAAAAAAAUGAAAAUUGUGCUCAGUAUUACAACUGUUCUGUGGACAACUCCAAGUACGGAAAACAUCUCCAAGAAUGCAAAUAUCCUGAUCUGUUUUCUACCGUCAGUAUGAGAUGUGAGAACUUCAAGACAGUGCUAUGUGACAAUCGAACAGAGCCUCAAGCACCAUGUGAGUAUGUUCAAAAUCAGUGUGCAGCCAGCAAUGUCUCCUGUUUCCCAUGUCCCAAACGGUUGCCCACCUGUCAAGGAUUGACAAAUAAAAAACAGACUUUUCCAGGAAAACUAUGGCAGGCAGAUUAUAUUGUGUGUGACACCAACCGCACCAUGAACAUCACUCAAUGUUCUCAAGGAGAGUACUUCAAUCCAAGACUAAGCACUUGCAUGAAGGAUAUUCCAAAAGUUGAUGUACCAGAUUUCUGUGCUGUGCAUCCUUCAGACUUCUUGCCUGCCUUGGACAGUUGUGCUCGCUAUUUUAACUGCAGUACCGUGAAUGCAGCCCUCCCAUCACCAGCCAAAACCAGAAACUUGGCGAAUUCUCUAGCAGUUGUUCAAAUGGAAUGUACUUACCCUGCAUUGUUUGAUGUGUCAUCAGGAGAAUGUGGAAAUUUUACAUCUGUCACAUGUGAUAAAAGACCAGAGCCACAGGCACCUUGUGAAUAUCUUCAAAAUGUUUGUCAAUCAUCAGAUUUGAAUUGCAUGCCAUGCCCUGAGAGACUGCCUACUUGUGUUGGAAAGGCAAAUGGUGCAAGUCUGUUCCCAAAUAAGCUCUGGAGCCCAGACUUCAUCAUAUGUUAUCAGAAUAGAACAAUGUCUAUAGAGAAAUGCUCAAAGGGUUAUUUUCAUCCUAUUGCUAAAAUUUGCAUGGAAAUUGUUGAUCCAGUUGAUGUUCCUGACUACUGUGCAGCCAAUCCGACUGAUAUUCUCCCAGAUCCAGAUAACUGUGCCCAUUUCUUUGAUUGCAACAAAAGAAGCACAUUGAUCACACCCCGGACAGCUGGUAUUGUAAGACUCGAGACAUUUACGAGGGAAUGUAGAUAUCCAGAUUUGUUUGAUGCCAACAUCCGACAAUGUAAAUUAUUCACAUCUGUAGACUGUCAAGGCAGACCUGAACCCAAGGCACCUUGUGAGUAUCAACAAAACCUUUUUCCAUCACUUAAUUCUACCUCAAAGAAGUGCCAAGAGCAACUACCAACCUGUAAAGGCAUGUCUGAUGGUCCACAUUUUUUCCCAAACAAAAUUUGGCUUCAAGAUUACAUUUUCUGCUACAAGAAUAGGACCACCCAAAUAACGAAAUGUCCAGUUACUCAGUAUUUUAAUCCCCGACUCAACACCUGCACAGUUGAUGUUGAACCUGUGGAUGUUCCUAUGUACUGCUCUAUACACAAAGAUAAAAUCCUUCCCGACACUGACAAUUGUGCCAAGUUUUACAACUGUUCUGAUGUCUCCCAUGAUGAGUGCACCUAUCCCGAUCUGUUCUCUUUUGCUACAUCUAAAUGUGAACGAUUUUUGUCCACCAUUUGUGACCACAGAGCAGAACCUCAAACUCCAUGUGAAUAUGAUCAGAACCAUUGUCCUCAGAACAAAUCUAACUGCGUAAAGUGUCCUGUGAGAUUACCAAGCUGCAAAGGUCUUUCUGAUGGUAUUCAGCCUGUACCAACUGAACUGUGGGGUGAUAGAUAUCUAACAUGUCUGCAUAACCGAACAUUGGCUGUAAACAAGUGCCCUCGACUAUCUGUAUUUGACCCAGUUCUAUUACAGUGCAGGGAAACUAUUCCUCAGAAAAAUAUGGACGAGUUCUGUAAGUCAAGGCCAGACUCCAUAAGAGCGCACCCUACAAACUGUGCUCAGUAUUACAACUGUUCUCAAAAGUCUACAAGGAAUGAUCACCUUUUUGAAUGCCUAUACCCUCAGUUAUUUGAUGUGAUAACCAGAUCCUGCCAGAAUUUUACUUCAGUGUCCUGUGACCAUCGUCAGGAACCAAUGGCCCCAUGUGACUACAGGCAAAAUAGAUGUUUGAUGUCAGACAAAUCUUGCAGUCCUUGUCCAGCUCGAUUUACAUCUUGUGUAGGACUACCAAAUGGAAAGAAUCCAAUGGUUCGAUUCAUGUGGAAAUCAAAGUAUGUUAUCUGCUAUAAAAACAGAACAAUAAGGUCAGAGGAAUGUCCAGUAGGUGAAUAUUUCCAUCCUAGAAGAGGAAUCUGUUUGAAACCUGUCGAACCAGUUGAUGUACCAGAUUACUGCAAGGCACAUUUAAGUGAUAUUUUGCCAGACCCUUACAACUGUGGUCAGUACUUCAAUUGCUCCUUAGGAAUAACAAGUACACUUCAGUCUCAGAUUCCAAGGUCACUACCAUUGUUUAGGAUGGAGUGUAGCUAUCCAGACUUAUUUGAUAGCAGUUCGAGCAAAUGUGAACACUUCGAGAUUGUGGCAUGCAGAGGGCGACCUGAACCUCAAGCUCCUUGUCAAUAUGAGCAAAACCUUUGCAAGGCAACCGAUACCUCUUGUCAGAUGUGUUCCAAUCGCUUGCCUAACUGUAUAGGUCACAUUGAUGGAGAUCAUGAGUUCCCAGGCAAACUGUGGCAGAGAGAUUACAUUAUUUGUUACAAGAACAGGACCAUCAGUAUCACAUCUUGUGAAAAAGGCUCAUACUUCAAUCCAAGAACAAAAAAAUGUCGGACAGCUGUAGAGAAAGUUGAUGUUCCUAGCUACUGUAUGGUGCACAAGAUGGCAAUAUUACCAGAUCCUCAGACCUGUGCUAAGUAUUUUAACUGCUCAGACUAUGGUGGAAGUCAUAUCGAAUGCAGAUAUCCAGAUUUGUAUUCUACACAAGAGAAAAGAUGUGUCAAUUUCACCCUGGUUAAAUGUGGUUCAAGAACAGAAACACAAUCUCCUUGUGAAUAUACUCAAAAUCUGUGCCACAUGGGAGAUAAAUCUUGUCCUCCAUGUCCUGAGAGACUACCAUCUUGUGUGGGGAUUCCAAAUGGGGAGCAGCCUUUUCCUGGUCGAUUAUGGAAACCAGACUUUGUCACUUGCAUGCAUAAUAGAACAAUGUAUAUUCAAUAUUGUAAAAAUGGAUACUUUCACCCUGUGAGAAAGCAAUGUGUUAUAAAUGUCACUAAAGCUGAUGUUAAAGACUACUGUAUGGCAAAUCAAGACAGUAUUAUGGACGAUCCAACCAGCUGUAACCGGUUUUAUAACUGUAGCAGAGUGGCAGUAAGCAGAAAAUUGACAACGUCAGAGUGUCACUACCCUGAUCUAUUCUCCACAAUCACUAAAUCGUGUCAGCUUUUCACGUCAGUCAACUGUAAUUACAGACCAGAAACCAUGGCACCCUGCCAGUAUGAGCAGAAUGUGUGUGACCCUAACAUCACAAGUUGUGCCCCAUGUGUAGAGCGUUUGCCUAGUUGUGUUGGUCUACCUAAUGGCAGAAACUACAGGCCAGGGCACCAAUGGACAGCAGAUUACAUUGUCUGCUACAAGAACAGGACCAUUGAUAUUAACAAAUGCCCUGGAAUUCACCAGUAUUUUCAUCCUGUUCAAAAGAAAUGCACGACAGAUGUAGCCAAGGGAGAUGUAGACAAUUUCUGCCGGUCAAAUCCUACUGCUGUGAUGAAAAGCUUUGAUAACUGUGCACAGUAUAUCAAUUGCACAUCAAAAAACUCAAAAUUGGGAAAUUACAGACAUGAAUGUGUAUAUCCAGAUUUAUUCUCAGAUGUUACGUUCCAAUGUGAGAAAUUCCAAAGUGUUGUGUGUAAGAACAGAACUGAACCACAAGCACCUUGUCAAUAUGAGCAAAACAUAUGUUCACUUGGUGAUAUGUCGUGUAAACCUUGUUCUGAGAGACUGCCAAGCUGUGUGGGAAGGAAUGAUGGAGCGCAGUCUUUCUUUGGCAAGGAAUGGUCUAGUUCUUAUGUCACCUGUCUUCAGAACAGAACAAUUGAUAUUCACCACUGUACACAGACUGCCAUAUUUAAUCCCAAAACACAUCAAUGUGUCAACAAAAUUGAUCAGAGUAACAUUGAUGCCUUCUGUAAAGCCAAUCCUCGAGCUAUUAAACCUCAUCCUACAAACUGUGCCCAGUAUGUAAAUUGUUCACUCAUUAGCACACAAUAUGGAAAGCAUAUACAAGAAUGUAUUUAUCCAGACCUGUUCUCUGUGACCACACUGAGAUGUCAGCAGUUUGAGUCUGUAACAUGUACUCCAAAAAAUGAACCACAGGCUCCUUGUGACUAUCUACAGAAUGCAUGUGCAGUUGGAGACGCUAAUUGUGAGCCUUGUCCUCGACGUCUGCCCAGUUGUAUUGGUUUACCAGAUGGACCCAAUCCACAUCCAUAUCAUUUGUGGGGCUUCAGUUUUAUCACUUGCUACAAGAAUCGUACGCUUCAUGUUGACAGAUGCGCAGAUGGGAAAUUCUUCCACCCUAGAGAAAAGUCUUGUCAACAAGUUGUCAAAACUGUUGAUGUUCCUGACUACUGCUUUGUCCAUCAUGAUGCAGUACUGCCUGAUUUGGACAACUGUGCUUAUUUCUUCAACUGUUCAGAUCCAGAAUUACACAAAGAGUGCAAAUAUCCAAAUCUUUUUUCAAGAAAAUCCUUAUCUUGUCAAGACUUUACAACUGUAAACUGUGAAGAAAGGAAGGAACCUCAGGAACCUUGUGAAUAUAAACAAAACUUGUGUCCAGUUUCCUCACCAAGUUGUGAGUUGUGUCCACUGAGACUACCCUCUUGUGUGGGUAAAUCUGAUGGAAACCAAAGUUUUAUAGGCCAUCUUUGGGAACCCUUGUACAUCACUUGUUAUAAAAACAGGACAAUCAAGAUUGCCAAAUGUCCUCAUGGAUAUUUCCAUCCAUUUAACAACGUUUGUCAAAUAAAAAUCGGACAUGAUGGUGCUCCGAACUAUUGUAAAACACAUCCAUUUGCUGUUGUGGCCAAAGAGGACAACUGUGCCCAAUAUUAUAAUUGUUCACUUCCUGCCAAACGAUUUGCAAGCAAUCAAAUACAAGAAUGUACUUAUCCUCAUUUGUUUUCAAGAACAACUUUGAAAUGUGAAACAUUUACCUCAGUGGCCUGUGAUAACAGACUGGAACCGCAGGCCCCUUGUGAAUAUAAUCAAAAUAAGUGUGGUCCACUAGAUCCCUCCUGUCAACCCUGUCCGGAGAGACUGCCCAGUUGUGUUGGAAUUCCUGAUGGUUUUCAGCCAGUGACCGGACACAGAUGGACAGACAGAUACAUAGAGUGUCAAAUGAAUCGGACAAUCAGGAUCUGUAAUUGUUCCCCAGGAUGGGUCUUCAAUCCCUUUACUGGUGCUUGUGUACAAUAUGUUAUGCAGAAUAAUGUGUUGGACUAUUGUCAGUACCAUCCAACAGACAUAAUACCUGACCCCAUCAACUGUGCUAUGUAUGUGAAUUGUUCCACAGGCAGGACAAGGUAUGGAGAUUACAAACUUGAAUGUUCCUAUCCUCAACUAUUUGAUGUAUCUUCGGGAAGGUGUAGGAAUUUUGAUACAGUUAACUGUAAAGGGAGAAGGAUCCCUGUUGAACCAUGUGACUAUGAGCAGAACAUAUGUCUCCUGGGAGAUAACUCCUGUAAACCUUGUCCAGAGAGAUUCCCAAGCUGCGUUGGAUUGAUAGAUGGUUUCAAUCCUGAUCCCAGAUCUCUGUGGACGGGCAACUACAUCAGAUGUUUCCACAACAGAACAGUGGCUGUGGAGACUUGUCCAAGUGGAUAUUUUAAUGUCAGAACAAGACAAUGUUCAGAGUUUGUCAACCCAGUUGAUGUGAUAGAUUACUGUAAAUAUCACAAAGAUGUGAUUUUGCCAAACCCUGACAACUGUGCCAAGUAUUUCCACUGUAAGAAAUGGGCAAAUCCAUUGCAGGAAUGCCAGUAUCCUUCAUUGUUUUCACAAAUUACCAACAAGUGUGAACCAUUUCCUACAGUGUUUUGUGGCUCCCGUCCAGAGCCUGUAGCACCAUGUCAAUAUGACCAAAAUAAUUGUCCUGCUUCUGACACAAACUGUGUGCCUUGUAUGGAGAGACUGCCCAGCUGUGUAGGUCUGCCAGAUGGCAACAAUAUCUUUCCAACUAGGGCAUACACAAGAUGGUAUAUAAAGUGCUACCAGAAUCGAACUUUAGAAGUCACACGCUGUCCACCCAAUACCAUAUUUGAUAUCACUACGUACACAUGCACUUCUUCAAUCGUUGGAAAUGAGUGGAAGGAGUUCUGCAUGGUCAAUCCACGUGCCAUUAAACCUCAUCGUGUAAACUGCGCACAGUUCCAUAACUGUACUGCUGUUGUGUCCGGAGAAGGGUCUUUGCUGCAAGAGUGUAGAUAUCCAAAUCUCUUUUCUCAGUCCUCUCUUAGGUGUGCUGAUUUCCAGUCUGUGUCAUGUGGUGCUAGGCAUGAGCCACAGACACCGUGUGAGUAUAGGGAAAACUUGUGCCAGCCCAGUGAUAAGAAAUGUCAGCCUUGUCCGAUUCGUCUGCCCAGCUGUUUAGGACUGAGUGAUGGCCAGCACGCCCAUCCAAGUCAUCUUUGGGGUGAAGACUACAUUGUCUGCUUUCAAAAUAGAACACUUGAAGUAUUACAAUGCAGAGAAGGAUACUUCAACCCAAGGACGCGCAGAUGCUCUGGCUUUGUUGACCCAGUUGAUGUGAUGUCUUACUGUCAAGCUUAUCCAACUGUCACUGUUGCACAACCUUGGAAUUGUGCCCAGUUUUUCAACUGUUCACAUCGACAGUCAAAGUAUGGUGGUUACCUGAAUGAAUGUCCUUACCCUAAGCUUUAUUCCACAGAAAAACAUGACUGCUUAAAUUUUACUUUUGUCAGCUGCAAAUCCAGGCCUGAACCACAAACACCAUGUGAAUACAGACAGAACUUGUGCAGCAGUAAAGGUAUGGAUUGUGCUCCCUGUUCGACACGUCUCCCUAGCUGUGUUGGACUACCUGAUGGAUUUAACUCUUUUGCGGGUUAUCUGUGGACGGUGAAAUACAUUCUGUGUUACAGGAACAGAACAAUUGAGGUUAACUCUUGUAAAUCAGGUGUGUUCAAUCCAGUGAAAAGAGAGUGUGAUAGCCAUUUACGACCAGGAGAAAGAUAUUGCCAAGGUAACCCAGGUAGUAUUGUUCCACAUCCGGCUAACUGCGCUCAGUACUACAACUGUUCUCGAAGAAACACCAGACUGGGGGGCUACCUGAUGGAGUGUCCUUACCCUCAGCUCUUCUCUACUAUCUCACACUCUUGCCAGGACUUCACCACUACUCAAUGUCAGAGUCGUUUUGAACCAAAGAGUCCAUGUGAAUAUAUUAUAAACAGAGAGUCUUCCUUGGCUGUACCAAAACACAACACUCCUUGUCAUGAAAGACUCCCAUCAUGCUUAGGGUUGUCUGAUGGAAGACAUGAAUUUUCAGGAAAAAGGUGGAUGUCUGACUACAUUGUUUGCUAUCAUAACCGAACAGUGGAAAUAACAAAGUGUUCAGAGGGAUAUUUUGAUCCAUACCAACAUAUCUGUGUCAAGUGGAUACCACUCUAUAACAUUGUGGAGUUUUGUGGAAUUCAUCCUCAGGCCCUCAUGCCACACCCUAAUAAUUGUGCACAUUACUUUAACUGCAAACAGUUACAGUCAUCAAAAACACAGUUACUUGAAGUUCAAGAAUGUCCUUACCCACAACUUUUCUCCAGCCAAACAAUGAAAUGUCAGGCAUUCCAUACAGUCCAGUGUAUUGGAAAGAAAGAACCAAUGUCUCCGUGUGAAUACAACCAAAACGCAUGCCGACUCAAUUACUCAAACUGUGUCCCCUGUCCUGAGAGGCUUCCAAGUUGUGUGGGAGUUCCUGAUGGACCUCAAACUUAUCCAAACAGAAUUUGGACAUACUGGUACAUCUUAUGUGACCGAAAUAGGACCAUAGAGAUCAAAAAAUGUCAGCAUGCGCAAGUUUUUGACCCAAAGUUUAAACAGUGUGUUUCGUCUUACUUUUCAGGUCAGAUCAGUGUAGUCUGUAAAGCAAACCCUUCUUUGCAUAUUGAGGACCAUGAUAGUUGUGCCAGAUACUACAACUGUUCAAAUAUGAAGCACGGGAUUGUUCCCCUGUCAGAAUGCAAGUACCCGAAACUCUACUCUAAUCAGCAGGGGGCAUGCCUUGACUUCAGAUUAGUGCAUUGUGGAAACAGGCCAGAACCCAAAGCUCCAUGUGAAUACAGUCAAAAUCGGUGUCCAUCUAACAGUUCAUGUACACCCUGUCCUGAUCGGUUGCCAAGCUGUGUUGGACUUCCCAAUGGUCCAAACUAUUUUGCUGGUCAGAUUUGGUCCCCUUAUUAUGUUGACUGUGUCAACAACAGGACAUAUAACAUUCAUCAAUGUAGAAAUGGAUGGUUUCAUCCUAUCCAAAGAGUUUGUGUCUCCCUUAUACAUCCAGGAGAUGUCACAUCUUUCUGUGCUGUAAACAAGUAUGCUACAGUUGCUGAUGGUUUAAAUGCUGCCUACUUUAUCAACUGCUCAGAUUCUAACCCAGCACACACACACUACAUUCAGGAGUGUCCCUACCCUGAAUUGUUUUCUAUUGAGACCAACAGCUGUCAGGACUUCAGGGUGGUACCGACAGACUCUAGAAUGGUUCCUCAGGCACCAUGUGAAUACAGUCAGUUCCAUUGUUACAAGGGAGACGUAUCUUGCAAGCCUUGUCCUGAAGUGCAUCACUCAUGUGUUGGUCUACCUGAUGGUGACAAUGCCAUCUUGGGACUCACAUGGACCUCUAUGUACAUCACGUGUUUGUUAAACAGAACCAUUGCAGAAAAAACAUGUGAGAAUGGUGUAUUUGAUCCUCAAAAGAGAAUAUGUACAGCCCCUGUGAUACUUGAAAAAAUAAACCAGUAUUGCUCUGAAUAUCCAUUUGCUAUCUUGAAACACCCUGGAAACUGUGGCUGGUACUACAAUUGUUCAGCUGGAGAACAGGCCAUUGGGAAAUAUAUUGAGGAGUGUAGAUAUCCAAAACUGUUCUCGAUGAUAACAAAGCAGUGUGAGGACUUUAAAAAUGUUUAUUGUGGCUCCAGGCAUGAACCUCAAGCACCUUGUGAAUAUGUGAGAAACAUAUGUCCAUUGUCUGAGCAGAGUUGUGUCCCUUGCCCAAUAAGAUUGCCAAGUUGUAUAGGACUGCCUGAUGGAUCGAAUGCAAUUCCUGGAAAUCUUUGGUCAACAAAGUAUCUAAGAUGCCUUACCAAUAGAACUAUAGACAUUUUGGAAUGUAAAGAAGGCUUUUUUCACCCUUAUCUAAGGAUCUGUGUGGACAAAAUAUCUCCUUCUUUUGUGUCAGAAUUCUGCAAGACACACCCAGCUGCUGUGGUGGCUAGCAGCAUUAAUUGUGCUCAGUUUAUAAACUGUACCAAACGCAGUGAGGGUUUUAUUUUAGAAUGUAAAUAUCCUGACCUUUUCUCAGCCAGUAGCCGGAAGUGUCAGACUUUUACUGAAGUGCAGUGUAGAGGAAUUAUAGAACCCCAGGCCCCAUGUUCUUACAAACAGAAUUUAUGCAUGGCAACAGAUUCAAGUUGUCUACCCUGCCCUCAGCGAUUUCCUAGCUGUGUAGGCUUAGAUGAUGGUUACCAUGGCUUUUUCGGUCAGGAGUGGUACUCAAUGUACUUCCAGUGCUAUAAAAACAGGACAAUUGAUGUUUUGAAUUGCAAUGGCUACUUCGAUCCUUCUACGAAAAAAUGUAUAGAAAAAAUACUUCCAGAAAAUGUUGAUGGACUCUGUAAGUAUCACCGAUCCUUACGACUCCCAAGUUGGAUAAACUGUGCCCAGUACUAUGAUUGCUCUAUGAGGGAUUCCGUUUAUCGACCAUACCUUCAUGAGUGUACUUACCCCCAGCUGUUUUCUUUAGCUACCUUACAGUGUGAAGAUUUCCAUCACAUUUCUUGUGGCAUUAGAACAGAACCCAUGGCUCCAUGUCAGUAUUUACAGAAUCAGUGUUCUGUAGGGGACUCUAAUUGUAUCCCUUGUCCAGCCAGACUUCCAAGUUGUCUUACUUUACCAGAUGGAGUUAAUCCAUACCCAGGCAAACAACAUUCUGCUAACUAUAUACUUUGUGAUAGGAACAGGACUCUGUCAAUAAAGACUUGUCCUUUUGGCUACUUUGAUACAGCAUCCAAACUCUGCAUUAAGUUGGAAUCUUCGACAGCAGUACAUACAGGUAUAUGUGGAAAUGGAAGACAAGGAUUGAUUCCAGACCCAUCUAAUUGUGCAAGAUAUUACAACUGCUCUAUGGAUCUUGUCAACCCUUCCUCUCGGGAAUGUCCUUACCCAUCCCUAUUUUCCAUUCUUCAUAGAGGCUGUGUCAGUUUCGAAGUUGUCCAAUGUGGGGUCAGAUAUGAACCACAGGCACCUUGUGAAUAUCAACAGAAUCUUUGCUCAAAUACUGAUCCAACCUGUCUACCUUGUCCAUCACGACUUCCAAGCUGUAUUGGGCAUCAUGAUGGGGAGAAGGCCUUCCCAGGUCAUCUCUGGACAGCCUGGUAUAUUGAAUGCUUCAAAAACCGAACAAUUGAAGUUGGCAACUGUGGAAGAGGUGUUUUUGAUCCAAUUCUUGGAGACUGUGUUGCAGAUGUGGACAAAAGUAACAUUGACAGAUACUGUGAAUUUCAUCCAUAUGCAAUUGUUCCAUACCCUGAAAACUGUGGCCAAUAUUUUGAUUGUCGAAUGAGGGAUACAGUGCUUGGAAGCUACAUUCAUGAAUGCACUUAUCCACAAUUAUUUGAUAAAAAUUCCAUGAGCUGUGCAAGUCCAGAUUCUGUUUCCUGUGUCAAUCAAUAUAUACCUGUUAAACCAUGUGACUAUGCUCUGAGUAAAUGUAGGACGCCUGACUGUAUUCCUUGUGAGGAACGCUAUACUCUCUGCAAGGACAGAGAAGAUGGUGCCAAUGCCAUGCCCGUGGAGGAAGUCUCCAGUAGAUAUGUUGUGUGUAAAUCUGGCAUGGCUACUGGAAUCAUGUUUUGUCCUGAUGGAGAAAUAUUCAGUUCUCGAGAAAGGAAAUGUCUAAAAAGUAACCAAAAUAUUCUGUUUGAAAUAUGUGAAGCUUAUCCAAACAUCGUACGCCCAAAUCCAUAUGACUGUGCCCAGUUCAUUGACUGUAGCAAAUCACGUCCUGGUCAUGUGAUUGGAGAGUACAUCAAGGAAUGUCCCUACCCACAUCUUUUCUCCACUGACACGCUUGAAUGCCAGGAGUACUACAAAGUCAUAUGUAGUAGCAGAAAAGAACCUAGAGCACCAUGUGAAUACCUGCAGAAUUUGUGUACAGAAAAGGAGAAGAAUUGCAAGCCCUGCACAGAGAGACUUCCCAGCUGCAUUGGACUUCCAAAUGGUUUGAAUCCAAUCAUGGAGUUCUUGUGGGAGAAAAAUUACAUUGUUUGUAAAGACAACAGAACUCUAAAUGUGAAAACAUGUUCUGAAGGAGUGUUUGAUCCAUACAACAGGAAGUGUAUGAAUAACACCAUAUCCAAUUACUGCAUGAUACAUCCUACUGGAUCUAUUCCUAAUCCUAAGCAUUGUGCCCAGUUUUAUGACUGCAGUACAAGAGACUCAGAGUAUGGACUUUACCUCAAAGAAUGUCAGUAUCCGCUGCUGUACGAAAUCGAGACAGGCACAUGUCAACAUUUCAGCAGGGUUAAUUGUGGUUCCCGGUUUGAGCCCAUCGAACCAUGUGAGUACAUUCAGAGUCAAUGUAUAGGAGCUGGGUGUCCAGCUUGUUCAGAGGUGAGUUGUCGUUCUCACCCUGAUGGAGCCAAUGAAUACCCUGGCAGGGAACACACCCCCUGGUAUGUGGUAUGUGAGCAUGGUAGAACAGUGGCUGUGGAGCAGUGCCAUGUGGGAAUUUUUGAUCAGCAAUCACACAUGUGUUUGACCAAUACUGACUCUGUGAAUAACUACUGCGACAAUAACCCUGGACUGAUUCUGCCAAGUUAUCAGAGCUGUGCUCAGUUUUUUAAGUGUGGUCAAUAUAACAACAAGACAGGGACCUAUCUACAUGAGUGUGCAUAUCCCCUGCUAUAUGACACCACCUCCAAAACGUGUCAGCACUUUACUCUAAUCAACUGUGGAGAUAGAAGAGUUCCACAAGCUCCAUGUGACUAUAUGCAAAACCGAUGUCCUGCCAAAGAUACAUCAGCUGCAUGCAAACCUUGUGAAGAUAGAUUCAUCUCAUGCGUUAACAAACCAAAUGGUAAAAGUUCAGUGGAAGGAGAUAUUUUCUCAUAUGUUUUCUGCCUUCAGAACAGAACUAUUGAAAUAGUCAAGUGCAUUGAUGGUCAUUUUUUCCAUUCCCUAGUGAAACAGUGUAUUCCUCUCAAUUUCUUUGGACAUGUACCUUUUGCUGUAGGAGAUGACAUUUGUAACCAUCAAUUGGUGUCUGGAGUCAGUCCUGUUCCAGACAGUGCUUUCUCAGCCUCUUCCUCAUACCAAAAAGGAAGCACUGCAAAGGACUAUACAGUUGCCAGAGCUCGCCUAAAUACAACAGAAACCAAAGAUGUAAAAGGUGUUCUACAUCUUGGGGCCUGGUCUGCCCAAGAUCUCAAUGUAGACCAGUGGAUUCAGGUCAAUUUGAAUGAACCAAGUCUUGUACGUGGCAUUAUGACUCAAGGAAGAAGUGGCUGUUGUCAACAGUGGGUGAAAAAAUAUAGAGUACUGUAUAGUUUGGAUUGUAGUAAUAACACCAACAGUUGGCAGCCAAUUGGAGACCACACUGUCAACGAUACAAUAUUUGUUGGUAAUACAGACGAAAAUUCAACAGCGAGUCAUAAUUUUGAUUGUCCAGUGAUUGCAAAAUGCAUCAGAAUAAAUCCUUUGGAAUGGAAUAAUCAUAUCUCUAUGAGGUUUGACCUGCUGGGCUGUGCAUUGGAUACUGGUAGGAGCACUUAUACAUCUGUAUGAAUUGAAUGCAAUUCUUCAACUAAUACAGCAACAGCUCCUAUCGGUAGCAGUAACAACGUGAUUGCAACUACCUCCAGAAACACAAAUGCCAGUCCAGCUACAACAGCAACCAAUAACAAAACUGUAACAAGCAGCAACACAACACCAAACAGCAACACAAUAAUUAACAAUACUACUCCAAAUAUCAUGACAAGUAGCCGCAUUUCAACAUUUUCAAGAAUUACAUCUCUCUUGUCAACACAGUCUGUAACUUCUGCAGGUGCCACAACAGUGUCAAACAGCUCAAAAAUUAAAGCAGGAACAUGUGUGAAAGACUGCAAAGGGAAAGCCAGUGGUGAAUAUCAGUCCUGUAAGACUUGUAAGGGAUACGUGACUUGUGUUUGGGGUAUUCUCUACGAGAGACAGUGUCCCGCAGGCCUGGAGUGGAACGCAGGUCUCAAAGUCUGUGAUUGGCCAGGUUCUGCAGGUUGUGCUCUAGCAGGUUAAGUCCAAAUGGACUCUUGAUCUUAACAGACUUUUCAAAUCAAUUAAAUGUAAUAUCAGUUCAAUAUACCUUGU